AUGCCCUUCUCCGGCGAUGAGCCCAUCUGCCCCAAGUUCCAGCCCAACAUCUUCGACCCCUCCCGCUGCCACGACUGCCUGCGCCAAAAGCACCUGCACGCCGGCGCCGUGGAGAGCGCAGAGCCAGCACCAAAACAGAAAUCCACACCUGAGGCUGGAAUCGGGGCUAAAAUUGGGACUGAUGUUGGGAUUGGAUCGGGCAAGGGACUGCUGUUAACACCGAUCCCAUCUCAGGAAGAGGAAAGAGACACCAGCAGCAAGGAGGAUUCUGACGGUCUGUCGGUGGUGAGCAGCUACUGUGAUGUCAGCGGAGGCCGUCCGGGUUAUGGGGAGAGCUCUUUGUGCAUCCUGAGCCCAGACUGCGAGCUUUACAUCUGUGACGGCGACGACGACAGCACCGACAGCGGUCGUGACUACCAAGAGUUCAGUGGCUCGCUCAGCACAGAGGACGAAUACCUGCCGAUCCGUCGUCGUUCGACCAAACUCAGCAUGACCCGGCUUGAUCCUCCACCCCAUCGGCCCAACCCUCGGGCCUGGAUGGACGAAGCUCGGAGCAGAGACAAUUUCAGCAGUCAAUCAGGGUUAAAAGAAAACAGACAGAAGCGUGAAAGUGGGUACUUCUCCCUGGGGAGGGCAGCAGGUGCCCGCUCGCUCCAAGAUAACAGCCCGCCUGCUCCCUACCGCCAUUUUGAAAGAGGACAUCCUAUCUUCAGCAGGAGAAGCAUCGAGCCCAAAGACACCAUCCCCUUCAGAAACCCUAAUCUCGGUGUGGCGUCUGAAAGGCUGGCGCCGGACGCUCUAGAUGAGGACCUGCCUGAGGAAAUCCCGCCUCCUGACCCUUAUGAAAUUGCCGUUGAGGUCGAGGCCCAAGUUGGCCCCCGCUCUCCGAGUCCCACUCCUUUUAAGAUAGCGGAGUCGCUGGCCUCCACCGGGCGAAAAGGUUUCGGCGGUUCAUAUGGCCGUGGGACCGCUUCCUCUCCCGUCUCUUCCUACCAACAGUCAGGACGGUUGGAGUCCUCCAGGCAGGCCUCCGCCCUGCAGUCUCGGUCUUCCUCUCCCUCGCGUGGAAACCUACCAUUCAGACGCAGCGAGUCUGUGGCUUCCCUCGGCAGGCAUAACUUUGACGGCGGAGGGGGGUCUCAGCGGACGGAGCUAGGAUCCAGGAUCUCCUUGCAAAGCGCACACGGCCGACGUGCUGAGUCAGGAACUCUGCCGAGAAACUUUAAAUCAUUCGCUGGUUCAGUCGCGAACCAGUCAAGCACGGUUUCUGAUUUUAGGAGUGCCUUGAAGAAAACCGAAGUAAGCGGGUCUUUGAGUCGAGGGAGUCGUGACAGCAGAAGCGUUUCUCCCUCAAGGAGGGACUUUAACCCUUCAGGCCAAAUGUCUCUCCGCAAAACUGAAAUCACCAGCACUUCAUCUCACGGACGCGGGCGCAACAGUCGUACUUCCUCUCCACCCAGGAGAACUUCUGACAGUCUGCGUGACAAUCAGAAAUACUCGCCGCCAAGGAGAAAUUACAGCUCGUCUAGCCAAUCCCCCCUUCGUAAAUCUGAAUCAGUGAUGUCUCUCAGCGGACAUAGUCACCACGGACGCUGUGGCUCCCCCAUAAGAGAAGGCUAUGAUAUCGAAAGCCAGGCUCUGCUACGUACCCCAACAGCUAAGAAUGAACCGAAUGACCGUGAACAUGAGAGCCCCACCGUGUCUCCACCCAGACGAGGUUAUGACACAAGACACUCCGCGCUCCGUAAGACCGAGUCGAGCGCUGUCAGCGGCAGUCGAGGUCACGACAGCCGAUGUUCCUCUCCGGGAAGAAGAGGCCGCGAAACCCCGACUCAGUAUCAGCUCAGGAAAACAGACACCGGCGGUUCUCUUCAUGGCCGUAGUCGUGAAAGCCGUCACUCCUCCCCUUCGAGGAGAAGCCACGAAGCUCCUUCUCAGUCCCUGCUGCGCAAGUCUGAAGCAGUCAGUUCUGUCAAAAGUCGUGACAGCCACGGUUCGUUGCCUUCGAGGAAAAGCUAUGAUGCUCCUGACCAGCGCUCACUGCGGAGAACAGAAACUAGCAGCUCCCUUAAUAGCAAGAAUCACAGCAGCCGCAACUCUUCCCCGGCUAAAAAAGGCAACAGUGACGCGCCAGGCUACUCAAUCCUCAGGAAUGCUACUAAUGGCGAUUCCAGCCAUUCCUUCCAGAGAAAAAACACCUACCACGACUCAAAAUCUGACUCCAAUCGCUCACCACGCUCUUGGCGGGAGUCAACUUCUUCGCUCCGCAGCUCCUCGUUAUCUCGUGCCGCUUCACCCUCCAGACAGACCACAAAUGGCAGCAGAACGGCUUUCGUCACCUUGGAUACACCCAGGAACCCCGAGCCAUUCUCCUUCACCUCCGAUUGA